UAUGCUGCGAACAGUCCUUCAACAGACUCGAACCCUCGUCACCAUGUCUGCCACAACUGUCAGUGCUGGCCCGCGCCCGAUUGUCUUGGCUGGUCCGUCCGGUGCCGGCAAGAGCACGCUGCUCAAGAAGCUCAUGGCAGAGUUCCCCAACGCAUUCGGCUUUAGCAUCUCGCACACCACGCGCAAGCCGCGGCCCGGCGAAGAGCACGGCCGUGAGUACUGGUUUACCACCCGCGAAGACCUGAUUCGUGGCGUCGCUGCGGGAGAGUUUAUCGAGUCGGCCGAGUUCUCGGGCAACAUGUACGGCACGAGCAAGCGCGCUGUGGAGGACGUUGUUCGCCGUGGCAAGAUUUGCGUGCUGGACAUUGACAUGCAGGGCGUCAAGAGCGUCAAGAACACCGACCUCAACGCACGCUUUGUGUUCGUGCAGCCCCCGACAUUCGAGCUGCUCGAGAAGCGUCUGCGUGAUCGCAACACCGAGACCGAGGAAAGCCUGCGCAAGCGCCUCGACACGGCCAAGGGCGAGUUUGAGUAUGCCGCCCUCCCCGGCUCGUACGACUUUACCAUUAUCAACGACAAUCUCGACCAGGCCUACGCGGAUUUGCGUGCUAUUGUUUUGGAGGACAUUUCCAAGAUGCAGUAGCGCCCUUCUUGGUGCUUUUUGGUGUCGGUCAAUGAUGAAAUUUGAAUGAAAAAUUUCGUCCAAAAUCGCUGAUUCGUCUGGUGCAUUUUGACCAUGUUACGCAUUCUUGACUGUAUUUUCGA